CCACACUCUUCAUUCUCUCCACAAUUUCCUUGUGCAUUUCUUCUUUCAAUUUAUAUAUCUUCUCUCAUGUUUAUUUUAUAAAACAUGCCCGAAGCUCCGAAGAAAAUGAGAGUAGUGUCAGAGGUAACAAGUGAUUCGAAUAAAAAGGCACUUGAGUUGAUUGAACAAGUGACUUCAAACCCGGAUGAGGUUCAGCUGAGAGUCCUCUCAGAAAUCCUGACACGCAGCGCCAACGUUGAGUACCUUGAGCGCCAUGGUCUGGGCGGGAAGACUGAUCGUUCCACAUUCAAGAAGAUGAUCCCUGUCGUCAGAUAUCAAGACCUUGUGCAUGAUAUCAACCGUAUUGCCAAUGGUGACAAGUCCCCGAUCCUCUGCUCUCAUCCCAUCUCUGAAUUCCUCACCAGCUCCGGCACAUCUGGGGGAGAGAGAAAACUGAUGCCAACCAUUGAAGAAGAACUCGAAAGGAGAUCACUGCUAUAUAGUUUGUUGAUGCCUGUGAUGAACCAAGUGGUUCCUGGUCUGGACCAGGGCAAAGGAAUGUAUUUUUUGUUUGUUAAAUCCGAGGCCAAGACCCCUGGUGGCUUGUUAGCUCGUCCGGUUUUGACAAGCUACUACAAAAGUUCGCAUUUUCAAAAUAGGCCUUAUGAUCCUUACACAAACUAUACUAGCCCAAAUGAAGCCAUUCUUUGCCCUGAUUCCUACCAAAGCAUGUAUUCUCAGAUGCUUUGUGGCCUUUGUUUCAACGACCAAGUUCUCCGAGUGGGGGCUGUUUUUGCCUCCGGUUUUAUCAGGGCCAUCCGCUUUCUUGAAAACCACUGGUCUCUUCUUUGUCAUGAUAUCCGAACGGGAACACUAAAUUCUGAGAUCACUGAUGUUUCUGUCAGAGAAUCAGUAAUGAAAAUCUUGAAGCCUGACUCUAAACUCGCCGAUUUUAUUCAAGGGGAAUGCAACAAGAAAUCAUGGCAAGGGAUUAUAACAAGGAUUUGGCCUAAUACAAAGUAUGUUGAUGUUAUUGUGACAGGGACAAUGUCACAGUACAUACCAACUCUUGAUUAUUAUAGCAACGGACAGCCUCUUGUUUGCACCAUGUAUGCUUCUUCUGAGUGUUACUUCGGGCUCAAUCUUAAUCCUCUUUGCAAGCCUGAGGAAGUGUCUUAUACUCUCAUCCCAAGCAUGGCCUAUUUUGAGUUCAUGCCUGUUCGGAGGAACAAUGUGACUGGUGACACAAAUUCUAUUAGCAUGUCUGAGUCUCUAAAUGAGAAUGAACAACAGGAAUUGGUUGAUCUUGUAGAUGUUCAGCUGGGAAAAGAGUACGAACUUGUUGUCACUACCUAUGCCGGCCUUUAUAGAUAUCGAGUUGGGGAUUUGCUACGAGUAGCUGGAUUCAAGAACAAGGCCCCCCAAUUCAACUUCAUAUGCAGGAAAAAUGUGGUGUUGAGCAUUGACUCAGACAAAACAGAUGAAGUUGAGCUGCAAAAUGCUGUCAAGAAUGCGAUGAACCAUUUAAUGCCAUUCGAUACAACUCUACUUGAGUACACAAGUUACGCGGACACGACCACAAUUCCAGGUCACUAUGUUCUAUUCUGGGAGCUUAAUACACAUGGAACAAUUCCAGUUCCUCCGUCUAUUUUUGAGGACUGUUGUUUGGCUAUUGAAGAAUCUUUAAACAGUGUAUAUCGUCAAGGGCGAGCCUCAGACAAAUCAAUCGGUCCUUUGGAGAUGAAGAUUGUUGAAUCAGGGACAUUUGACAAGCUCAUGGACUAUGCCAUCAGCUUGGGUGCUUCGAUUAACCAGUACAAGACCCCACGGUGUGUCACAUUUGCACCUCAUGUUGAGCUUUUGAACUCAAGGGUCGUGUCCAGGUAUUUCAGUCCCAAAUGCCCCAAAUGGGCUCCUGGACAUAAGCAGUGGAACUUGAGCGACCUAGAUUCCGCUCACUCCCAUUAGAUUAUUAUAUAUCCAAAAUGAGCUAAUGUUUUCUCAUCA